CGCCUCAAUGUCAUGGAGAGUGGCACCUACGAGUGUGACAGACCUGGCACUGGGCUCAGCCCCCCUGUGACAGUCUUAGAUGAUGAUCUGGUGCUGCAGGUGCCAGCACGGGCACUGCUGGAGGGGGACACGGUAACACUGCACUGCCAGGGCCAGUGGAACAGCCCGGUCACCAAGGUGCGAUUUUUCAAGGCUGAGAAUAAUCUGAUGAGGUCCCUUAAUGCAACCGAGCUGUCCCUGUCCCCCCUCCAGCUGAACCACAGCGGCAGCUACCGCUGCAAGGGCUGGGUGAGGUUCUGGCCAUCAGGAUCAGCAGCAGUGACAGUGACAGUGCACGGUGAGCACCCCCACGGCUGGAACUCCCAUCUCCUGACAGCCCCAAAGCCACUUCCCAGUGCACUCUGAGUCACAGUCCUCACCUCCCCUCUCCUUCCCUAACUCCUUCUGGUGCCGGUGCUGGAGGGUCCCCCAAGCUCACCACGGGGUCCCCCCUGACUCUCAGCUGCCUCAGCACCCCCAGCCCCCUGCGGCUCCAAGCCUCCCUCCUGCACUCCCCCUCCUGUUCUACCGGGACAGGCAGGUGGUGGGGGGCCUGCAGGGGUCUCCAUAGCUGCUGGUGCCUGCCGUGGGGGUCUCCCACUCAGGGAAUUA